AUGGCGACUUUGAGUAGAAUGAUGAAUAAAGCCGCAUCUUCAGUAAUCCCUCUAGCAACCAGAACUCCUUGUAGAAACUACACCUCUGCCAUCUUCACUACCCCAUUGAAGACCAGCACCGCCAUUAAAACUGUCACCGGCAAUAGUAAUCUAUUUAGAACAACUUCAAUUCCAACUCAUCGUCAGUUCUCUGCUCUAGCUAAGAAGAAACCAUAUUUCGAUGACACUCUUCUCAGAGUUAUUGAUUCUGAAAUCGUUGAUGCUGAGGAGGAAGCUGGAGAUUUUGAGGUUACUUUAAUUGUUGGUGAGGCACCAAGUGAGUUUCCAUUCAAGAUUGUGGAUAAUGAUGGAGCUGAAACUAUUACACUGACUAGGAACUAUCAAGGUGAGGAGAUCAAAGUCACAGUGUUCAAGCAUGAUCUCUCUGGUGAUUAUGAAGAGGGUGAUGAGGAAGACCAAGACGACCAGGAAGCAAAUCAAGGUGGUGAGGAGGUGGAAGAAGAAGCUGAAUCCAAAUGUUUCGGAUGA